AUGGUAACAUGUAAACAAUUUUUACUAGAUUUUUUUUUUAGUUUUAUCGCAUUCGUAGCAUUUUUAUAUCCUUAUUUAAAAUGCACAUCUAGUGCCUAUGUUUUGCAUAGGAAUCCUCGUUUAUCACCUACAUAUAUAAUUACUACUGCCAAAUUUACUGUUGCAGCAGAUAGUGACAAAAUUGGGCUAAUAAUCGACACUUUGAAGACUCUCAAUUUACUGGAGGCUUCUGAAUUGGUAAAACAGAUAGAAGAUACUUUCGGUGUGGAUUCAACAACUUAUCUCACAUCAGCCACGCCACUUGAUGCCGUAAACCAUUCUAAAACGCAAGCUGACGAGGAUGAAAAUGCUCAGGAAGAAGAAGAUAAUGGGAUGAUGAAUGAGGGACCUCCACAGACGGAAUUCAAGAUUACGCUGGUUAAGAUAUUGGACGACAAGCGAAUGCAAAUGCUCAGGAUCAUAAAGGAAAUUAACCCUUUGAUGAACUUAAAGGAAGCUAAGGAGACUAUGGACAACCUGCCUUUUGUUCUGGGGGAAAAGCUUAAAAAGGAGGCCAUGGAGGCACUUAAAUUAAAGGUUGAAGAAGCCGGUGGUACUGUUGAAAUUUCAUAA